AUGACCAAUUUUCGAAAUGAAAGGGGUGAACCGCCCGCCACCACCGACGCCGCACCGCCGCUGCCACCACCGAAGUUCCCUGAAGGCCUUCGCCCAGCGGAAGGGUACAGCCAGAGGGGCGGCCCUGCGAGAGCGGCCGCUGACAGCUCCCCGCGCCCGGUGUGCCCACCCCUCGCCGCCGCCUGGCUCUGCCCCGGGGCGCCCUUGGCCCCACCCAUGCCCAACGCCCGUGCCCAAUGCCCGAGCGGCGAGCCUGCAAUUGGGAAAACCAGCUGCCUGUGUCCUGAGGACACUCAAGAAGCCUCGUGGAGAUGUCUACGUGGCAAUGAUCUGAGUCCUCCUGCCAGAAGCCAUGCCAAUAAUCUAUUUUGGAAAUGGAUCUGUCAUUGCCAGCCAAGCUUCCAGAUGACUGCAGUCACAGCCAACAUUUUGACUGCAACGUGAUGAAAGGACCUGAGCCAGAAACACUUAGUUAUGCUUCUAUCAGAGUUUGGACCCUCAGAAACUGUCUAAUACAUAGUGAUUGUUUUAAGCUAAUGAGUUUUGGAGUAAUUUGUUACACCGCACAUAUAUCUAGUACUUAGCCUUUCUAGUGUUUAAAGGACAGCUACUCCUGACCUUCUCUUCUGAUUAAACAUCCCCCUUUCUUUUCCGAUCUCCCUUUGUGUGGCCCAGUUUUCUGCUCUUUUGCUCCAACACGGGGC